GCAGCCGCCCCUCCCCGCCUCGGGGAGCGCCUCACCUGCCCUCCGCCCACCCGCGGGCCCGCCGCCAACUUCUCCCUGCAACGGGGGUAACUGGCAGUUCCUGCCCUCUCUACUGUCCCGACCGCACCUGCAUGUCUCCGGACACCUGAGCGCCCGGGUCCCGCCUAGGAGCCUCCCGGCGGGGAGGCGAGCGCCGGUCCUCCUCUCCCCGCCGCUCCGGCGGACCGCGGGCGCCGCACCUCCCGCUCGCGUCCCCCCUUUCCUCCAGGGGAGGAGGAUGGGGCUGGACGCGCUUUCCUCGAGGAUGCUCGUGUGGCUGGUGACCUCGGGGAUCGUGUUCUGCGGGGAGCUCUGGGUCUGCGCCGGCCUCGAUUAUGAUUACACUUUUGACGCGAGCGAAGAGGAUAGAGCGGAGACGAUAGAUUACAAGGACCCGUGCAAAGCCACUGUGUUUUGGGGUGAUAUUGCCUUAGAUGAUGAAGACUUAAAUAUCUUUCAAAUUGAUAGGACAAUUGACCUUACACAGAAUCCCUUUGGAAAACUUGGACAUACCACAGGUGGAUUUGGAGACCAUGGUAUGUCAAAGAAACGAGGGGCCCUCUACCAACUGAUAGACAGGAUAAGAAGAAUUGGCUCUGGCUUGGAGCAAAACAGCACAGUGAAGGGGGAAGUACCUCUCAAGUUCUCAGGGCAAAAUGAGAAAAAUCGAGUUCCCAGAGCUGCUACAUCAAGAACUGAACGAAUAUGGCCUGGAGGUGUUAUUCCUUAUGUUAUAGGAGGCAACUUCACUGGCAGCCAACGAGCCAUGUUCAAGCAGGCCAUGAGACACUGGGAAAAGCACACAUGUGUGACUUUCAUUGAGAGGAGUGAUGAAGAGAGUUACAUUGUGUUCACAUAUCGGCCUUGUGGAUGCUGCUCCUAUGUAGGUCGACGAGGAAAUGGGCCUCAGGCAAUCUCUAUUGGCAAGAACUGUGAUAAGUUUGGAAUUGUUGUUCAUGAAUUAGGCCAUGUGAUAGGCUUUUGGCAUGAACACACACGACCAGAUCGAGAUAAUCACGUAACCAUCAUAAGAGAAAACAUCCAGCCAGGGCAAGAAUACAAUUUUCUGAAGAUGGAGCCUGGAGAAGUGAACUCACUUGGAGAAAGAUAUGACUUUGACAGCAUCAUGCACUAUGCCAGGAACACCUUCUCAAGGGGGAUGUUUUUGGAUACUAUUCUCCCCUCUCGUGAUGAUAAUGGCAUACGUCCAGCAAUUGGUCAGCGAACCCGUUUAAGCAAAGGAGAUAUUGCACAGGCAAGAAAGCUGUAUAGAUGUCCAGCAUGUGGAGAAACACUACAAGAAUCCAAUGGCAAUCUUUCCUCCCCAGGAUUUCCAAAUGGCUACCCUUCUUAUACACACUGCAUCUGGAGAGUUUCUGUGACCCCAGGAGAGAAGAUUGUUUUAAAUUUUACUACUAUGGACUUAUAUAAAAGCAGUUUGUGCUGGUAUGAUUACAUUGAAGUCAGAGAUGGAUACUGGAGAAAAUCUCCUCUGCUUGGUAGAUUUUGUGGGGACAAAGUGCCUGAAGUUCUCACCUCCACUGACAGCAGGAUGUGGAUUGAGUUUCGGAGCAGCAGUAACUGGGUAGGGAAAGGCUUUGCAGCCAUUUAUGAAGCCAUCUGUGGAGGUGAGAUACGUAAAAACGAGGGACAGAUUCAGUCUCCUAAUUAUCCUGAUGACUACAGACCAAUGAAAGAAUGUGUGUGGAAAAUAACAGUGUCAGAAGACUUCUAUGUGGGAUUGACCUUUCAAGCCUUUGAGAUUGAAAGACAUGACAACUGUGCCUAUGACUACCUAGAAGUCCGAGAUGGAACCAGUGAAAAUAGCCCCUUAAUAGGGCGUUUCUGUGGUUAUGAUAAACCUGAAGAUAUACGAUCUACCUCCAACACCCUGUGGAUGAAGUUUGUGUCUGAUGGAACUGUGAACAAGGCAGGGUUUGCUGCCAAUUUUUUCAAAGAGGAAGACGAAUGUGCCAAGCCGGCCCGGGGAGGCUGUGAGCAGCGGUGUCUGAACACCCUGGGCAGUUACCAGUGUGCCUGCGAGCCCGGCUACGAGCUGGGACCUGACAAGAGGACUUGCGAAGCGGCUUGUGGCGGACUCCUUACCAAACUUAAUGGCACCAUCACCACCCCUGGCUGGCCCAAGGAGUACCCACCUAAUAAAAACUGUGUGUGGCAAGUGAUUGCACCAACUCAGUACAGGAUUUCUAUGAAGUUUGAGUUUUUUGAGUUGGAAGGCAAUGAAGUUUGCAAAUACGAUUAUGUGGAGAUUUGGAGUGGUCUUUCCUCUGAUUCUAAAUUACAUGGCAAAUUUUGUGGUGCUGAAGUGCCAGAUGUGAUCACUUCCCAGUUCAAUAAUAUGAGGAUCGAAUUCAGAUCUGACAACACUGUAUCCAAGAAGGGCUUCAAAGCACAUUUCUUCUCAGACAAGGACGAAUGUUCCAAGGAUAAUGGCGGGUGUCAACAUGAGUGUGUCAACACUGUGGGAAGCUACGUAUGUCAGUGCCGUAACGGAUUUGUGCUGCAUGAAAACAAACAUGACUGCAAGGAAGCUGAGUGUGAACAGAAGAUCCACAAUCCCAGUGGCCUCAUCACCAGUCCCAACUGGCCAGACAAGUAUCCAAGCAGGAAGGAAUGUACAUGGGAAAUCAGCGCCACCCCUGGCCACCGAAUCAAAUUAACCUUUAGUGAGUUUGAGAUUGAGCAGCAUCAAGAAUGUGCUUACGAUCACUUGGAAGUUUUUGAUGGAGAGACAGAAAAAUCACCAAUUCUUGGACGACUGUGUGGCAACAGAAUACCCGAGCCUCUUGUGGCCACUGGAAAUAAAAUGUUUGUUCGGUUUGUCUCUGAUGCCUCUGUACAAAGAAAAGGCUUUCAAGCCACGCAUUCUACAGAGUGUGGUGGCAGGAUGAAGGCUGAGCAGAAACCCAGAGACCUGUACUCACACGCUCAGUUUGGUGACAACAACUACCCAGGGCAGGUCGACUGUGAGUGGCUACUGGUGUCAGAACGGGGCUCUCGGCUCGAGUUGUCCUUCCAGAUAUUUGAAGUAGAAGAAGAAGCUGACUGCGGCUAUGACUACGUGGAGCUCUUCGAUGGUCUCGAUUCAACAGCAGUGGCACUUGGUCGCUUCUGUGGAUCUGGGCCACCAGAAGAAAUCUAUUCCAUAGGGGAUGCAGUCUUAAUUCAUUUUCACACUGAUGACACAAUCAACAAGAAAGGAUUUCAUAUAAGAUACAAAAGCAUCAGACAUGCAGAUAUGCAUACCAAAAAAUAACACCAAGACCUCCACCAGAACACAGAGGGACGUGCAUAAUGGAGAGAAGACAUAUAUUUUUUAAACUGAAGAAUAUUCGCACAAAUGUUUUAUAUAAUGAGUUUGAGCAGAAGAAAGCUGUAAAACCAGAAUUAUCUCUGUACUAAAAGAGAAGUUUCCAGCUAACCCUGAUCAGCAUUACCAGGAUAUAUGAACCCCAUGGUUGAUGGUAGCUAAAGCUGGAGAAAGGGCAUCACAUCUCCAAGGAAGACGCCAUAAGCUUUGUCUGACAACUUGACAUAGAUUCCUUGCAAUGUGGACAGGAUCUUUGACCCCGUAGAAAGUUCCUUUGGACAAGUUUUCAAGAUUUGAGGGACAUAAAAUAAUCUUGCAAGUCAUAAACUGGAAAACCCUCUUCUUCUAUCUUAGGAUAAUUGCAUUGGCUUUGUAUCUUGGAUACACUGUAAAUCAGAUCCACAGAAGGUGUUGUGAAGUGGGAGUCUUUUGAAAGUGGUGUGAGCUUUAAAUGUGGUUGUGUCUGAUGUUUGGAAACUGGAAUAGCUCAGCUUCAUUGUUUUCACUAGCAGGCCAGAUUAACCUCUUUGAAACACCAAUGAUCUUGAGACAACUUAAUUUUAUCAAUGUUUUGACAGAUUUGAAUUGUCAGUAGUGUCAGUGAUUGCUGUUUAACUCAAUGUCAUUUAUUUAAGUGCUGGAAAACUCCCCAUUGAUUGAUAUACGCAGUUCCUUCUAUGGAAGUGCUACUUUUUCACACCAACUCUGAGAAGCCUUGUGAUGUCUUAGGAACUGAUGAGAAAACAGGUGUGAACAGGAUUCGUCUAAGUGACUGCCUGGAUGGUUCAUACUCAAGUCACCGCUGCUGCUAUUGUCUUUCUUUUGUUGUUCUGUUAGUUGUUAUUGUUCAUGUUGUCAUGGUUAAUGUUGUAUUUAAAAAAUAAUGAAAUGAAGCAGAAAGAGGCCUUGUAAGAGUUGAAAGAUCUCUUUAUUUCUCUUUCUGGAUCCACUUUAAAAAAUGCAGUGUUGGAAAAAUGGAUUCGUUUCUGAAAGACUUUCUAUGGUGCUAUUCCAUUAACCUUUUUUUUUUAAACAAAGUUUUUGAACUUUGAGCCAAACACCUGUAGACUAUGAAUGUCUCCCUAUAUCUGGCUGGUGGUAUUUGAAGACUUCAGUCUUGCUGAGGGUAUCAAGGUCAUAUAUUAUUACAAGGACAGGAUGUGGCCUAUGGAACAACUACUUACAAUGCCUUAGAAUUCUUGCACAUGAUCAAACAGAUCUUCCUAGGAACACACCUUUUGAAAUGUUGAACAUAACAGCCUAUGUUAAUUCACAGGUCUAUAAGGAAACUACAUUUCUGUUUUUGAGAACAAUGGGUCUAAAUAUGGUGACCUGCUUUUAUUGUAGAAAAUGAAUUUUCUGCUUUAAAGUCAUGUGUGCGUUUAAUAUUAUUGUGUAUCUACUGUGAGAGUGUCUGUGUGAAUGAAGCUACAAGAAGGUGAAACAUAGGAGGUGAUGGAAAGGUUAAAAUUUAUGUGCCAAGUUCUAUUAGAAUCCUGUUUAAAACAGCACCUUUCUUAGAAGGUUUCAUGGACAAAUAAUAGGAACUUCUAAUUAUUACCAAUCCCAUCUUAAAAAGGCUCCUUCCUUUAGAGAAUCUUUUUUUUUUAUGUUGGUGGAGUUUGCUGUAUGACAUAAUUCUGUUUCUAUUACCUGUCCAUGAACACUCAAUGUUUAAUAAAAUUGGGGAUUUUUCAUCAUUUUCACAUUAAGCUAUACACACAGAAGUA